AUAUCCGGUUAAAUAUGUAUCUAUAUUGGCGGGAACUGUACAGUAGUCCACAGUUGGCUUCCUAGUAGGUACUGAAUAUCUUCAUUUUGGUUGAGCUAAAAUCAUUGCACUUUUUCGUCAAGAGAAAAUGUCUCGUGUGCUGAACUGCAUUGUGGCUGUUUGUCCUGAUAUGGGGAUUGGAAAUAACGGGAAUCUACCUUGGCACCCGAAGAGACUCAAUAAUGAAUUUAAGCAUUUCCAGAAGAUGACAAUGACGUCUUCGGUGGAAGGUAAACAGAAUGCUGUCAUCAUGGGGCGGAAGACAUGGUUCUCCAUUCCAGAGCGGAACCGGCCACUCAAGAACAGGAUCAACAUCGUUCUCAGCAGAGAACUUAAAGAGCCUCCAGCCGGGGCUCACCAGCUGGCGUCAGACUUCUGCUCAGCACUCCGCCUGCUGGACACGGCUGAGAUGGCAGAACGGGUCGACCAGGUCUGGGUGAUCGGUGGCAGCUCUCUGUACGAGGAGAUGAUGGAGAGUCAGGGGAGCAGGAGGCUGUUUGUGACACGGAUCCUGCAGCAGUUUAAGAGUGACACCUUCCUGCCUGAAAUCAACCAAGACAAAUACCGCCUACUGCCAGAGUUCCCAGGAGUCCCACAGGACCUACAGGAGGAGGCUGGGGUACAGUACAGAUUUGAAGUCUACGAAAGCAUCGACCAAUAAGCUAUAAACACACCCAGGAAAACAUCCUGUGUUGUCAUGUAAAUAUUUUCUCGCUGCUCACUGUUGUCACUCAAAUGUAAUUAAUAAAAUGUGUUUAAUUCCA